AAGCGCUGCUAGCUGGUGAUUCAAUUAAGUGUUCAGCAACCAACAACUGUUAAAUUGUUGACUUUUUAAACGUGAAUUUAACAGAGACGCUACAAGAAAGGACUUUUCAUAGAACAGCUGACAAUGAAAACUUUUGCAAAGUCGUGAGCUUAGCUAGCUAACGUAUUCCAGGUAGCUGUCGGUAACUUUGCAGGAAACUUUUCCGCCUCGACGUUAAAACAAACAUGGCAGGUUCAUUGGUUGUUCCUGUCAUUGAUGUCCAGAAUGACAAUUUUAAAGAGCUCUGGCCUGCUAUGGUUGUAGCCAUUAAAACGUCGUCCUUCGUUGCACUGGACACGGAGCUGAGUGGUCUUGGAAACAGGAAGUCCUUGCUGGCUGAAUCCAUAGAGGACAGAUAUAAAGCUAUAUGUCAUGCUGCUCGCUCUCGCUCCAUCCUCUCUUUGGGCAUCGCCUGCUUCAAGAAACUGGACCACAAGGUUACAGACACAUACCUGGUCCAGGUGUACAACCUCACCCUGCUGUGUUCAGAGGAGUAUAUCAUCGAGCCCCAGUCAGUCCAAUUCCUGGUGCAGCACGGAUUUGACUUUAACAAGCAGUAUGGCCACGGAAUCCCUUACUGCAAGGGCAAUAAUAAGGGAGGAUCAGAUGACCGCGGUGUCCACAUCCGAGCGUUGUUCACUGAACUGCUGCGAGCCAGAAAGCCUCUGGUGCUACACAACGGUCUCAUUGACAUGGCCUUUCUCUACCAGUGUUUUUAUGCUCACCUGCCCGAGCGCUUGGCCACCUUCACGGCCGACCUGUCUGAGAUGUUUCCUGCUGGCAUUUAUGACACCAAGUAUGUCACUGAGUUUGAGCUUCGACUCACUGCCUCCUAUCUGGAGUACGCCUACAAGAAAUGUAAGCUGGAUAACAGUCGCAGUUUGACCUCCGGAGCACCUGGACCUCAUGUUCACAUCGAGUUCUGUCAGUACGCUGGUCACAUGUCCACCUAUGUGGACUAUAAAGAGUGUCCAGAUGUGGCCUCCUCUGAGGGACAGACUGACAUCUGCCAGCGCUUCUCUGCAUUUGGUUGGUGUCCGAAUGGUUCUCAGUGUCCGUUAUCCCAUGACACAGACCUUAUCAUUCUUCAGGACGAGAAAGGAAAGGAGGACAAGAGGAAAAAGAGGAGGAGACAGAAAAAUAAGAGGAGUGGAGGAGGAGACGUAGCAGAGGGCUCCUCCAUCUUUGACGGCGCCCCCCAAAAUAAGAUACCCCAUAUGGAAGUGGAUCAAGAUGCAACACCAGGUGAACAACAAGAGGAAACUGCUGAGUCUUGUCCUGACAGUGUGGCGGUAAUGGAUCGUGAUGGAAACACCCAACAGAAUGACGGAGAAAGCAUCAAAGUUGACAGCGAGGGGAAUGGAAUGUGUAAAGACAACACGGACUCCAGAAACUCUGCACCAACUGAUGACGGCACAAAAACAGACAAUGGUGUAGAAAGCAGUACAGUAGGAGCAGGGAGAGAAAAGUCUACUGAUGCUCAGAAGAAGAAGGUUGACACAGGAACACAUCGGGCAGGAUUUGACGCCUUUAUGACCGGAUACAUCUUUGCGUGCUCGUGUACGCUCACCAAGAAGGAAGAGGUUAAAGGAGAAGCAGAGGAGAAGGAGCACAAGGAGGAGGAGCAGUCGUGGCUUCCGACCUGCCUUAAUAAAGUCUAUCUCAGCGGCAAGGCAGCUCCUCUGAACGUGGUUAAAAGCACCUUCUCCAAGUCAUCGAAGGCCCACAUGCAGAAGAUGGAGAUGGUGUGGAGUGGAAGAAUGUAACGUGGACACAGAAGAGCAGCAGGUUCAUAAUUUAAUCGUUCACCAUGCUAACAACAUGGCUGCCUGGUGUAGACUAAACAACUUUGAGAUGGAUUGCUGUGAAAAGUUGGCAUUGACGUCACCAGCGAAUAAAUCCAAAUGACUGGUGGUCAGCUGAUUUCUUAAGGUUGACAUUUGCGUUUUUAGUGAAAUAUCUUGGUUGGAUUUCUGUAAAUUUAUGUGCGUGUGCAUCAGGAGUACUUGUAAUAACUUGGGUUGUUCCCAGACUUCUUAUCUUUUGUUCAUUUCUUUGGUUAAAGACCAAAUACCUGCAGAGCUAAUGAUCUUCACAUCAGCCUCUCCUUUAGUUUGUGUUAAUUCAAUGUUAGCCUGCUAACUGCUAGCCUAAGAUGCCAGACAUUCAAUGCUAACCUUUACACAGUCAUUGUGAACAUUUUAGCAUAUAGCUGAAAACACUGCAGUGGUACAUGCUAGCAGAGUGAACAGCAUGAUUUUCUGUUGACAUUUUUGGAAUACAGUAAUUGUCAGAGUCGUAUUUUGAGUAAAAGACUCAACAUUUGAUGGUUGGCCGUUUUGGAAUGUGAGAAUAUAUUAGUUUUGUAGCACCAACAGAAUAGCAACCCUGAUAUUUUGGGCAUUUCUUGGACAUCUGAUAAUGCCACUCUGUGCCCCGUAUAAUGGGCAUUUUUUCAGUUUUCAGUUUAUUUGACUGAAUGACUCAUUUUGGUUCAUUAGGAAAAAAUGAAAACACACAGUCAGUCUGACAUUGUUGACAAUAUGGGGGGAAAUAUGGCACCAUGAGUUACAUCUUUGUUGGUUGUAUUCUUAUUGUCAUGUCAUUUAUACAGCAGUCCUCUGAGGAGUUUUGACCUCAUUAAUGAAACUGUAAAAACAGACAAAAGGAAUAACACUGGCAUCAGUGACUGAAUUGAAAUUCAGCAAUAAAUUGCAAUGCAGAGGCACUUCUUUUCAUUUACUUAGCUGUUGUUACACUGGAAGCGAGGUGACUUUUGAUAUUCAUUCAUACAUUCUAGAUUUUUUUAUGGUCCUGUCUCUUUUGGAAAGUAAACAAAAAGCUCUUCAACAAUGA